ACUGCUACCUAAUAGAAAUCAAAGUUGCAACAUAACCAGCUAUGGCCUCUCAAUACUACAGUUGCAUGAUCUUGGCUUUUUUCAUUGCUAUUUCCUUCUCAUGCAUGGACAUGGCAUUAGCAGCACGCCAACUAUUGCAAACAACAUUGCCACCUUUGCCUACAGUUCCAACAUUGCCUCGGGGAAACGUUCCACCUUUGCCUACAGUUCCAACAUUGCCUCAGGGAAACGUUCCACCUUUGCCUACUAUCCCAUUGCCAUCUAUUCCUAACAUUCCAAGUGUCCCACAGGUCACUCUUCCACCACUUCCAGCCACUUCACUACCAAACUUUCCAUCAAUCCCAACCAUUCCAACCACUUUUCCUUCCAUCCCCUUCUUCUCUCCACCACCUUCAACCACCACACCCUGAAACUCAACCUCCCCUCCUUGAUCACUUGGAGUUCCACACACUCAUCUCUACCUCUGCCAUCCUCUCAUUAGCUCCUUAUUUUCUGUCAUGUGUUUUAGUCAUAUACUAUACCCAUACAUUCUGUUUUUGUAUGUUGUUUAUCUUCUGUUCGCGAUGCUUUUAGCUUUUCAUUGUUCCAUUUAAUUGCUUUACUUCAUAUACUUGGAGACCCAUUGUUAUAGACUCUAUUAUUCCAUGAUUACAAAUCUUAAUUCCUUUCUUCUUCACUUUCAUAAAA